UUCGAGACAAGAGGCCAAAAGUAGGUGUCUACACAUACCUCCAAAAAUUAUAAGAGGAAAACGAAUCAAUUUGCUUAAUUAAUAAUCUUUCAUUUUAUUCUCAAUACAUUGAGUUCAAAAUAAGCAUAGAAUCCAAUCCCCACCCGUCUUCAAAAGAAUGAAAAUUACGUUUUGUUUACCAAUGGUUCCACACUACCAAGACAAUUCCAUUAGUUUUUCCUAUAAAAUUAUGUAUUGCAAAUUCCAAUCUUCAUUCUCUUAUAACCCCGCUAAUUUACCCAAAAAAAAAAGAAGUUAUUGUCAAUUGUUCAAAGCCAAAUUCAAGAGGUAGAAAAUCGGUGACUUAUGCGUGUUAAGCCAACGGCUACUCACUUAUUUUCUACCAAAUUAAAGAGCCAUUAUUGGGAGUUACAAAAAUUAAGCACUCUAAUAACGGAAAUCAUAAUUAAUGGUUUUAAAAUACAACGCAAAUAUGGAAAUUAGCUAUGCAUAUACAUGAAACCAUAGCCAACUAACAAAAUAAAUUGGAAUAGUUUGAUCACUUGACAGCUCUGAUUCUUCACAUUAUAUAGAAUGACGUCUAGCGCGAUGGAAAUAAUGGAAGCCCCUGCCGAGGAGCCUUCGAAUUUUGCACAUCGGUCUCAAUGGCUUCAGCCUACUAUAUCAGGUGUGGAUGAAAAAAUGAAGAUCCUUCUGGCUCUUCUGGAAGAUGAUGAUUCUCCCUUGCAAAAUGAUGAAAUAUGUGUAAAAAAAAAAGAAAAUACCAAAAAAGUGGUUCAAGAUCUCUGCAUAUCUUACCGCAACUUAGCAGAGAAAUAUGAAAGCUUAAAAAAUGUUGCAAUAGAUGUCCAUACUUCUGAAUCGUCAUCCCUUUUCAGCAAUAGAAGCAAGAAAAAUAUGAAUGACUUGGGAGCCUGGGAUGAUUCUCAGUUAGAGACUACGAAUUCUAAUCCCGAAUCUUCUGUAGAAGAUGCUGAUACUGAAUGUGAAGUCGGUAUGGCUGACAAUGAGCAUAUUAAGAGGACUGCAGAUAACUUGGUACCCAAAGGUGGAAGCAGUAUCAAGCCAGAAAAUCCCUGGUUUUAUGGAGUGAAGUACAAAUUUUCAAAGCUUGUUGAAGAAAAUACACAGCUGCAGGUUGAGUUGAUCAGAAGAAAUUCUGAGAAAAGAGAGACCAUCAUUAAGCUGCAAAAUCAGGUGAGCAGAUUGAGGGUUGAAAAUGACACCCUGAAGCGUACUCUAAAUUACUAUGAUCGUAACAAACAGCACAUCCAAGAGAGUUCUCCGAGGAGGAAAUCAAUACUUCUAGACAAGUUUUUCAGAGGAUGCUCUCCAUAACUUGAUAGUUUGUCACGUAAAUAUUCCAUAUUGUAUUGCUGUUAUAAACCUAAAUUAUUGGAAUUUGGAACAUUCAG